GGGAGUUUAAACCACCAACUGCCCCCAACAGUGGUUCUUGGCAAAAAGCUCGGGUAGAAGGCAGGACCGUAAACCCGAAAUUAAUGGCCGCUGUUCGGACCAUGAAAACAGCUUUAUAUUUCACCUCCUAGUUUGACAACCAACGGCUGGCAGUUCAACAAAAAAUGGACUUUAAAACAGAAAUCCCUGAGUUUGUGGGUUCUAUUCUGUUUAGAGCAGGGAUUGAACUGGGCCAGUUCGGCCACACUUCGCUCGGAUUUUGUUGCCAAUAAUCCGGUUAACACUCGCAGACGGCCGCGCGGACUUUUGUGGUGAAAGAAAAUAUGAAAACAGCAAGAGUGUGUUUGGGGAGAUUUGGUUCAGCAGCGGUCAAAACUCACGCCCGUACCUCAAGUGUAAACUUUAACUGGGUGAGCCGGCUCGGUGUAUAAAUUCGUCUCCAUCAGGUUUGGUAAUCGAGUUGAACGCGGAAAAUCAGUAAAAAUUAGCAAUUAAUUUAUUUGGUCGUCAAGUGAACGCUGACAGUCAUAUAUCGUUGAGCAGUGUAUGUAUCGCUCUCUGUGUGUGGGCAGGUCGUGAUGGGUGGUCGCCAGCUGCGCGCUGAUUGGCUACCGGAUUUCUGGGCGUGACUUAGAACUCAUGAUGGCUACGUGUUGACGGUUUCCUUGUGGCUUAGUAUAUUGAGCAGGCUGUUGCCUUAGCGAACGGAUCCAUGCCCAUGUACGCUUUCAACUCCGUGGAAAACUCCGGCAAUACGCCACCUUCUGCCAACCUGGGGCUGACCAUGCAGGCCAGUUUCGCCUCGGCUAACCCGGCCACACCGAACUCGCUGGGCGUCAUGCACCCGGUGUUUCAGGACCAGAGUUACUACCGACAUCCCAGCUACUCGGGGAUGCCGGUUUCUGUCUACAGCCAUGACCAAUAUUCCAGCAUCGCGCGGGGGUACGGCCCGUACGGCCACCAGCAGCAAAAUCCCAAAGACAUGGUCAAACCCCCGUACUCCUACAUCGCUCUGAUCGCUAUGGCUAUCAUGAAUGCCCCAGAAAAGCGAUGCACACUCAACGGAAUAUACUCCUUCAUCAUGGACAGGUUUCCGUUUUACCGGGAAAACAAGCAGGGUUGGCAGAAUUCAAUUCGGCACAACCUCUCCCUGAACGACUGCUUCAUCAAGAUACCCCGAGAUGACAAGAAACCCGGCAAGGGAAGCUACUGGAGCCUGGAUCCCGAUAGUUACAACAUGUUCGAUAACGGUAGCUACCUGAGACGUAGGAAGCGAUUCAAGAGAAACAAGACCAUCCAAGAGAAAGAGGAGAGAGAAAGACUUAACGAAGGUCAUUCUGGGGACGCUACAUCCCAAGAACUCAUCAACCAUCAAAAUGGUGUCUCCUCGGGGACGGAGGAAUCAGGUCAUCCGGCCGAGUCAACAUCCCCAAUGACAGCUACCUCUAAGGUACUGACCAGCAACAGCAGCACCCCACUUCUAACCCCAAAAGUGGAGCCUGUGGACUCCCCAGUUCUAAGAGAAUCUCCCGGGAACUCACGGCAUUUGUCAGGAGAUGGGACAAUGAUGACCACCUCACCGUCAAGUUACACCGUCGAUAACAUCAUGACCGUUCACCACGACCGGGACUCCACCAACGGCUGCAACUCUGACUUGAACCCGGGUGGACACCCUUUGCCUGGAAGGCCGGUGGUGGGUCAACUCGUCUCUCCUCAACCGCUCAGCUACAACCAGACUUAUCACUCGGGACCAGGCGGAGUCUCAUGCUCCAAGAAAACGACCGGCAUGACCGGUAAUGUAAACUUAGUCAAUCAUGGCAUGAACUACCACUGUAACAUGUACGAACCUGAUUUGAGCAUGGGUAAGCACAUGGCCAUUGCCCCUACACCAGAAGAAGUGCAUCAAGAGCAAGGUUUGUCCCAGCGACCAAGUCCCCAAGGCCCCAAUUCCAUCAUGACAUCGCAACCCAGCAAUCUCAGCCCAGUGCAUCGCGGUGGCACUACCGGGAGCAACUCGUGGUACCAAGGCCCAAGCCCGGCCGACCUGCACGGUACCAGCACGGGCUCGCACGGUCAGUCCUUCGGUAUGUACGACUCGCAACGGCUACCCUCACAACGACUGAUGGCGCUGAGUCACAACUCGCCCGUAACACUGGGCCUAAACACCGGGGAUAGCUGCCAACUAGCCGCUACGUCUUACCGCUCACCAACCGGCACUACAGCACCCGGUAUGUACCAUGUGGCAGGACAAUACUCCUCCUAUGACUGUUCAAAGUACUGAUAUAAACAAAACAAACCUGAGUAAAAAAAAAAGACACGAAAAGAACAAAAAGAUGCAAAAACGGGUUUCUUACUUGUCACUUUUGUGUUGUGCUGUGAAUCUCGAAACGCACGUGGUUUGGUAUACAUUGCUUGUUGUAAUGACCCAAUUUGUCAAUAUUUAUACAACUACGGAGUUUUCCGAUUGUCUGUCGUAUUACAACCGCACACAAACCGACUUGGGAUGAACUCAGUCUUCAGAACUCACGCUUUCUUGUUUGCUUUGGGUCAGAUCGGUGGCAGAUUUUCUUUUUUUAUUAAUGCUUAGAAGAAAAAUGUAGUCUGUAAGUUUACCCGCUGCUGAGUACACUUUGUUUUUGUAAACUUUGGGGAGAACUUUCCAUAAUAUUUCUUUAAUAAACAAUCCGUCUGGAUGACUUAGUUUUUACAGUCAGGUUAACCAUUGCCAUCGAUCCAGUGGUAAGCCCAUUACAAAGCUCUAGGAUUAUACCCUACUAUUGGCAUGACACUGGUAAAAGCCGAUAUUUUGCCAGCUUGUUUAUCGAAUUUGUAAAUGCUCGGCCAUGGUGGUGUUUGUAUACGAGUAUCAAACAUAGACAAUUUUUAAACGUUGUGAUGAUGCCAUGACUGGUAAAGUGAUACUUUUCCUAUUGUAUAAUGAUACAGACAUCCUGUCAAAGACGUAUAGUAGUAUCACAUAAGCUUUAAGUAUGGAAUCUGAUUGUGACUUGCUCGUAUCGUAUGAACUAUCAACACCAUUUUGAACUUGAACCUUUUUAUUUGCCACAUGAAGUCCAUCAAAUCCCAAUAUUCCCGGGCUGUAUUUCUCAGAUACCAUUCAAUUAUUAAUGCAUUUCUAUUUCAGUAUAUAGAUUUUAUUGUCCCCUUUUGAAUACCAGUGACCGGAAAAUGGUGCGAUAGGGCGAACACUGCACAAGAGAUUUAUUCAUCUUUUUAUUCAAUUAUGGCUGAAUUACAUAAAAUAAGGUUGAAGUUCUUGCCAAUUGUGUGAACAAAAUAAAGGUUUCAGCUCCAAUUUAUGGCAUGUACUGCUGUAUAAUACGGAGGGAGAGUUGAAAGUCUCAGUCACGAGCACGCUUGCAAAGCAACACAAGUCAUUUGUGCAAUCUAACUAUAGGUUUUUAGGCCCGAUCAGCAACGCUUGGAAUCAUUCGCUUUGCCCAUCGGAGCGUCGGCUAACCGGGCUCCACAGCGAGAACUGACCCGUUACUAUUGAAUUUACAGCCCCGGCAAGUCCUGCCUCCGUGACCGCUGAAUUAUACCGCAGCAGUGUCGAGCGGAGACAGUUGUCUUUGUGGAGUUUUUGCUCUCAUGAUUGAUACACACUGAGCGGGAAAACUGGUUCACUCAUGGAGCCCACUCUAAAGAAGCUCAGUAUUUUUUACACCCCAGAGAUAUAAAUAUUAAUAUAUGUGUACAAUGAUAUGUAUACAUAUGUAUAUAAACAUAUGUGUAUAUAAACAUUCAUAUAAAUAUAUAAAUAUUUAUAAAUGACCAAAUGUAAAAUGGCCAAAUCUUUUAACCAUUUUUUUUAAUAUUUAGUCUUGCCUGAGAUUUGUGUGCACUCGGUGUAUCCAUUGAGGAAAAGUUGUUUCAGAUCCUUACAUUUCUAUGCAAAAAUGAUAUGACAUAUUCGGAAAUGUGAGAAUUAUUUUAAAGUACAAGCUGGUAAUUUCCUUAUAUGAACAAUUGGUACAUAUAAAACAAAAGAGGCCAAUGUUUUGUAAAUUCCUUCUCAUUUAUAGAUUCCAUUUGCUUGUAGAAAAGAUAAACGCAGUCUAGAACUUUUAGAAUCCAAAGUGUAGGUUACCAACACAAAAAACUGAAGUAAAAAAAAAAUCGGAAAAAAUCACUUAUUACUCGGAGAAGAAAUUGCAUGUACAUUUUGUCCCGUUAUCUGAACUCAGAAUAUCCUUUCGUUGAAAUAUUUCUCACAGUUUUUCUCGGUGGCACAUAAGGCCUAAUGAACUUGUGGUUAACCAAUUUUUCGACAUUCACUUUUGAAAAGGCCUUUCAAUGCUUCCCAUUAGUGACGAAGUGAAAGCACUGUCUCUGGGCUUGAAAAUGGGGAAGGAAGUGGCCAUAAAUAUAGAUUAGUACCCGUGAACGCUGGUGUCAAGUGAUAUAUAAUAACCGUAACAUUGUCCCAAAUCUAAUAAUGGAAUAUAGAGAGUCCAGUCCUGAACUCAAAAGAGCCCUCCCACUAGACAUUGCUAAACCUCGUUAAUCACUGAGGAAGACGCUCAACUUCUGUUAAUCUCGAUUUAAUGCCACAUUUUGAAAAUAUGUGACCCAGAUAACUCGGGGGAUAUUUUCCACUUCACAGCGAGACAGUUCUAGUAGUGUUAGAUCAAGAUAUCCUUUCCUGGGAUUGGCGUAUUAUGGACCGAAAUCCUGCAAAAUAAAAAGGGACUUAAAACAGAAGAUCAUGCUUUUGCACACCAGACUAUUAUUUUUUGGUUGUGUUUUUAAUAUCACAGAGAAAACCCUAGAGUAGGCUAACAUUCACUUGUAAAACUGCUGAGAUUCUCAGUCCGCAUUUUGUUGGUGUGACUGUGUAAUUUGUCCAAAAAUUUGGUAGCAAAUUUUGUUUCCAACCACAAAGCCUUUUCACGCAAUUUCGGCCGGAUAUAGGGACGUGGGAAUUAUGCAGCGCUAGUUUUGCUGGUCGAUCUGGCACUGAUUACAAGCAAGAGGGAGGAAAAAACGAGAAAGAAAAAAAAAUCGAUGAUUAUCCAUGAACGGAUCUCACGCUUAAUUAGAAAGGAGCUGUCACGUGAUUGAUUCUGAUUAUAUUUUCUCGGCGCCCGUGUUGCAUCUUAAAAUGCCAUCAACUGCAGGGGGAAAAAACACAGUAAAAGUGAAAUUUCUUACUAUUUUCUCGGCGAAAACUAUGUUAUCAUAUCCAGAGGACUUGUAUAAUAACUUAUUUUUGUCCAUCGUAACCAUAUUGGUAUAACUGUCGACACGUAACCAUAUUGGUAUAACUGUCGACACGUAACCAUAUUGGUAUAACUGUCGACACGUAACCAUAUUGGUAUAACGGUCGACACCGGCAAUUUUACUAUUGACAAACUAAUGUGUAGAAAACAAAUAAUGUAUCCCAGUUUUGGUUUCCGUGCCAUAUCAAAACAAACGAUUGUGAAAAUAGUCUCACUUUUGUUAACCCUUACACACCUAAGGAAACAAACCGUGAGGUGAGUGGAAGGUUGAUCCUCUGUUCUAUUCUUUGGACGAAUGUUGACCCUUAGAAUGAGUCCAAUUCUGGCCCAUCUUAUAGUACAUACACAUUGCUUCGUUUUCCCCCACGCAACACUCAUUUGGUAACUCAAUAAAUGUAUUAAAAUCAAAGGAUUCGAUAACAGUACAUUUUUGUAUAUCAUAACGCGACAUUUUAUAAGAAUGCUAUCGUGGUCAUUGUAAUAUGGAACUUUGAAAGUUUUUUUUUCUUAUGAGAAACUCACUUUGUUUUCGCUUUCAUAUGUUUUAUUUGCUUAACUGAGUUUAAAAAUAAUGUAUCACAGAAAUAUUACACUCUCACACAUUUUAUAAUAAAUUAGGCCUAUUGUGAAAUUAGAUUAAAUGCAGGGUCCGUAGUGGGUUUUGUACAUUGGAAAGAAUUAUUACUAAACACUUUGUCUUUCUUUAAAAAUGGUUUUAAGGUGGAUUUAAUUAUUGUUUUGAGCAAUAUACAUGUAUACACUACUGAGAAAAGGCAACCUGUCAUUUCUUGAAACAUUUCACUGUUUACGCUUAUUUGUGUCGACAACUCAAUUUCUUUUGUGGUUUUUGUAUUUUUUUGGGCUGUGUCAGUAAGGACGCAUUCCUGUCAGACAAUAGUUGUUUACUUUAAGUUUGUACAUUGUGUUGAUAUUUUGAAUGAAAAGAAAAAGAACUAAAAUACUCGGUUGUAAUAAUAUUUCUGAAGUAUUUCUGAAAAAAAAGUCGUGGGUGAGAACCACAACUUCUUUCCCUCUCUGUCUUUUUUGUGUGUUAAAACGAGUCUAAUAAAAUACGAAUGAUUUUACGCUGGGAUGAGCAAUUGA